AUGAUUCCAGGAAUCGCCCCCAAGACGGCGGCGGCGCCGGUGGCCUGGGCACCUCAGCCUCGGCACAUGUUCGUGUUCGGCGCGGGCUUCGUCGGCCGCUACGUCUCGGAGCGCCUCCUCGCUCAGGGCUGGCAGGUCUCCGGGACGUGCACCAGUGUCACCAAGAAGAGGGAGCUCGAGAUGCUGGGCAUGAAUGCUUUCGUUUUCGAUGCCACAGAGAGCAGAUAUGUCACUUCCAGCCUGGAAAAUAUUCACAGUUUGCGACAAGCAACUCACUUGCUCAUCUCCAUCCCACCCAUCCCUGGAAUUGGUGAUCCUCUACUUAAUUUAGAUGAAGACCUGAGGAGAAUUCUCAGCCAUGGUAAUCUUGAAUGGUUAUGCUACCUUUCGUCAACAAGUGUGUAUGGUGAUUGUGGUGGUGUAUUGGUUGAUGAGGAUCAUACAGUAAACCCAAAGAGCGAGUCUGCCAAGUUAAGAUAUAACGCAGAAAAAGGAUGGCUGAAUCUUAUUGAUGAUCCAAAUCUGUCAGCUUUUAUAUUCCGUUUAGGUGGAAUAUAUGGGCCAGGAAGAAGUGCUUUGGACACCUUAACCAAGGGCAAAUCUUUGUCACAGAGACAAAAGUUGCGAGAAUCUAAGCAGUAUACUGCACGAAUCCACGUGGUUGACAUCUACCAGGCUGUCUUGGCUAGCAUGAGCAUCAGAUGUGCAAGGAAAAUAUUUAAUGUGGUGGAUAAUGACCCUGCCCCAAGAGCUGAAGUUUUUGCGUUUGCUAGGAGUUUGAUACAGAGGAGAUAUCCUGAUCUGAUAACUGAAACCAUUGAUGACAAGUCUACAGGCUUAGAUUAUCAAGAGAUAAUUGUACGUGCAGAGAAACAGGUUUCUAAUGCUCGGAUGAAGCAGGAACUUGGUGUUAAUCUGCUCCAUCCAACUUAUAGAUCUGGCCUGCAGAGUAUCCUUGAUGCUUGGCAAAUUCAGUCUCAACUUCCCAAUAGAAGUCAGUGA